GCUGUCCUCACGGCUCACAUAAAAAGCUGCCCAUUGUCUCCAGCGGCCACCGUUUGACUCUCAUCGUUAUAGACACCCAUUUGCAGUGAGCAUCCCGACAGACCCAGAGCCAUGAAUCCUAAAGGGGAUAAGCCGAAGUCGAAGAUUACAGCUUCUCGCAAGCUCUCUCUCAAGAUGCUUCUCCUCACAAGAGCCUGUGAGGAUCUGGAGAGGGAGAGGCAGGAGAGAGAGGAGGAGAAAGUGCGUUAUAUAGGAGAACAUUUGCCCCCUUUGCAACUGUCUGGUUUAUCACUGGAUGAACUACAAAAAAUAUGCAGGCAGCUUCAUACAAAAAUUGAUAUUGUGGACGAGGAGCGAUAUGACUGCGAAUCCAAAGUGGGCAAACACAACAAAGAUAUCCAUGAGCUGAAGCUGAAGAUACAGGACCUUGGAGGCAAGUUCAAAAAGCCUGCCCUGAGGAAGGUGAGGGUGUCGGCAGAUGAGAUGAUGAGGGCUCUCCUGGGCUCCAAACACAAGGGCUCGAUGGACCUCAGAUCCAACCUCAAGUCUGUAAAGAAGGAGGACGUCAAACAGGACAAGGUGCUCACUUCUGAAGUGGGUGACUGGCGUAAGAACGUGGAGGCCAUGUCAGGCAUGGAGGGCCGCAAGAAGAUGUUCGAUACAGCCGGAGGAGCGCAGUGAGAUACUUUGUGAGGAGUCCUGCAAACGAUGAAGCUGGUUGACUAUAACAGGGAAAAGGAGAGUAGUCUAGACAGAAGUAUGGAAUAGUUAUAAGAAGGCUAAAGGACUUGAAAGCUGUAGGAAUCAACGGUCAUAAGCACGUACAACCACUAGUACAUUUGCUGUGCCUCCAUUUGCUAGAUGGGCAUUUUCUCUGCAAUGAGUAGAAACCCAUUGUUUUGUUGUUUUUUACAAAAGUACAUUAUUGUUGUUUUGUUAUGCCAUCUUUAGACAAUUUAAAUGGAUUUGAAUAAAGUUUUGGUCUUUAAUGUUCCAUAGCCA